AUGGCGCUUCUCAAGGAUCACCCUCCAGAAAAGGCUCGUGUAUCAAAACCAGGGAGUCUAGAGGAAUGGUGGGCGGUUCAAUGCCCCUGGGCGCCUUCAUCAUCUCCACGCAAGCGGAUCUCUAAGGCUGAGAAAGAGGAUGUCACUGAAGACAAGUAUAGAAGACUAACCCCCCCGCCUGUUGAUGAAACGCCGAGACUGGAAGUGAGAGAUAGUGACAAGGGCAUCUCUAGCCCUGAGGCUAAACCUGUCACUUCACAGUCUGAGAGCGGGUCAGUGAUCUCCCUCUCUAACACGUCUGAGCUUCAGCUGGGAGGCAGGAGACAAAGCCAGCCAGAGUCUCAGGAUCUUUCAGGCUCUUCUCAGACUGUUGUUGGAACUCCUAGAGCUCUUAUCUCUCAGGCUGAGAACUCUGCCAAUCCUCCCAACUCAGUCGGCCGCAGUAACCGCUCGAACCAGGAGAACGAGAGCCCUUCUCAACCUCAGGAGAGCGUGAAAACUGAUCUUCCCUCUGUCGGUGCGAAUAAAAGCGCCUUUCCAAGGAAAAUCAAGCCGAAGGACAUCGUUAUUGCCCGUUAUCCUCUCAACGUAAUACUUUCCCAAGUCAGACAACCUGAUCCUGGCAGAGGAAACGGCCUUCCUGGCAGUAUGGAAAGUAAUGACGGUUCCGACGUGAUCCUCUUGAGGCGCAGAGCUCGAGGCAUGAACACGCAUCCUGUGCCUGAUGUCUUUUCGGGAAAUUCUUUCCAGCCCAAAGGCUCUGAUGAUUGGAAAACAAAGCAGUCAGAAAGUUCCAACGUCGAAAGAAAGGGAUUAGGCUACAUAAAGAGAGACCCUUACGAGCCUGCACCCAAGGAGGCUCUGGAGGAGCUCGAAAUGCUGCGCCAGCAGGUUUUGCAGGAGGCGAACAUGAACAAUUUCCAAAAUCAGGAGCUGCCAACUACGGAUCUCCAGGCUUUGGCUCGAGUGAGGGACGGUCCCGGCACCGAUCCCAAGUCUACGGUCUAUCACCAGAUCGUUACUUAUCGUCGUCUGCCUGAGAUUGAAAGAGAGGACUCCGCAGCCGGAUCCUCGUCUGGAGAUAGCAAAGAGAUCGGUAACUCUUAUCCUGACGAUGACUUUGGAUUCGUCAAGGAAAACUGGACCCUCUACUCGACCAACGCCAGAGCCUAUCCCGAGAUCAAGGAUGGGAAGCUCUAUCUCUCAGAGAAUAAGGGUCCUGGAUUCGAUGAUUCCCCACAGCCCACUGCUGUUACCUUAAUGUUCAACUGCGAAAACCUCAUGCGUGAGACGCAGAAAAUCCAGGAGUCAAACGAAGCCGAUGUAUCUGCGGAGACUAGAUGGACCCACGGAUACUAUGCCAAUUGGGAAUAUCGCCCGCACGCCUGCUCUGCUUUUGAGGCAUUCAGAGACCGUUUCCUUAUCUGGCUGGACGGAACCUUGGGGCGUUGCAACGUUGCUGACAUCUACCACAAGGCGUUCUUCGAUGGUACUGCCCAUCCAGACGGAGCCCGCUCCUUCUUCAUCCCUAAUUUCCCGCGCUCGUCGGCCAUGUUCCAUCCGUCCGAUGAGGUCUCGGCCCUGCACCUGCACGAAACCUCCCUGGGAUUCGGGUUCAACUUUUCUAAGCAGGAGGAAGAAAGACUGCGCGAGGAGAGAGCCAAGCAACAGCAGUCUCGCGAGAUGUACCUCCAGGCUGCCCGGGACGCCCCCGUUGCAGAAAUCAAAGUGGCCGCUCCCCGUGCAAAUAUCUACCUUCGCCCCGUGGAGGCCGACGAUAUUCCCGACUUGGUGGAUCUUUUCAACUUGUUUGCUCAGGAGUCUUUCCUUAGCGUGGACAUCCCCGGUCUCGGUGACGCUGACAUCCGUAAGCGCAUGGACGAUUGUGAAAAGCAAAAGCUACCCUUCAUCGUCGCCGUGGAACGUCAGACUGGACCGCCCCAGAGCUUUAUCCCCACUACCGAGCGAGUGGUGGGAUACGCUUUUGCCAACGACUUCACAGGCGAGAGAAGCGCAGGGCGCUUCACCGUUGAGCUGAGACUUUUCGUCAACCCGCACAGCCAACGUAAGGGCAUCGGACGCUGUCUCCUGGACAAAUUGCUGGAGGUUUGCGAUCCCAUGUACAAUCCCCGCAAGGGCUACUUCUUCGACUCGAGCGUUGAAGACCGCACCUCCUACGUCCCUGGUGGCCGCCGUAAACUGGCUCGUCUAGUUUUCGCCAUUGGUUACCCAAAUGACGACCGCUCAUACCAUCAGUGGGUUCGCGAGUGGCUGACCAGGGAGUACGGUUUCAAGGAGCAGGGUGUGUUGAAGGGGGUCCGCGUCAAAUUCAAGCAAUUCUUGAAUGUGAGCUACCUUGUUCGCGAAGUCAGCCACAACUUCGACAAUCCUGCCUACCUCUAG